AACUCUUAUUAGAACAUGAGAAAUACCAAGUUUAUCUUGAAUCUUUUCUCUUCAGCAACGCAAGAUAAAACUGGACCAGACAAACUGAGUAAGUUCAAACUGGUUUUAAUGGAAAGAGUGUCUGUUUGCCUUGGCCUGCAGCCAUGUGCAGACGCAUCAGUUAAUUGCAACAAAAACACGAUUUCCAUGAAUCCUGCAAAUGCAAAAAUACCGAGAAUUACUGCUUUACUAAAACCAGCAAACAAAAGAAGUCCACGGCAGAAACAACAAACCCGCCCUUGUUGUUCCCAGGACAGUUUUUCAGCGGCGACAGCCACCAUGAAAAUCGCAGCGUUUAACAUUCAGAGGUUUGGACGGAAUAAAGCGUCGGACCCAGAUGUUCUGAAGGUCCUGGUUCAGAUUAUUUCUCGUUAUGACAUCAUUGUGAUCCUGGAGGUUGUGGACGAGAGCGGGAAGGCCGUGGAUGCUCUGAUGAAAGCUCUCAACAAGGAACAUCAGUACGAGAAGCGGAUCAGCACUCGGCUGGGCAGAACCGGCUACAAGGAGCAGUUCCUGUUCCUGUACAGGGCUGAUCAGGUUACACUGGUGGACUGGUACCAGUCUGACAAUCAGAAGACUGAAGGACAGGAUGACAUUAACAGAGAUCCGUACAUCCUCCGAUUCAGCUGCCCGCACACAGUUCUGGAAGAUCUGGUGAUGAUCCCAGUUCACAUCACACCAAAGGGCGCGGAGAAGGAGCUGGAUAAACUCUACGACCUCUUCCUACACGUUAAGGAUAUGUGGGAGACUGAGAAUGUGAUGAUCCUGGGCGACUUUAAUGCCGACGGCUCGUAUGUUACAAAGAAGGAGAUGAAAACCAUCCGAAUCCGCAACGACAAGAACUUCCACUGGCUGAUCGGAGACGAUGUGGACACAACUGCCAGCACCAAAAACACCAACACAUACGACAGGAUCGUUGUUUACGGAGACAAAAUGCUUCAGGCUGUCGUUGAAAAUUCUGCUAAGGCCUUCAACUUCCAGGAGGAAUACGAGCUCUCCGACGAGCAGGCCCUGAGCAUAAGCGACCAUUAUCCAGUGGAGGUGGAGCUGCUUGGAAAAAAGGAUGGUCAGAGGUCAGACUCUGCAGGUCUGAAAGAGAAGAUGGAAGGACUCAGUGUUAAAGAGAAGAAACCAAAAGCUGAAAAGAAAAAGUCAGGAAAGGGAAAAGGUAAACCUGGACAAUGAAAACGUAGCUAAAAAGCUCGGAUUGACCGGAGAAACUCUCGACCGUAACACCGGCUACCUCAGAGAGUUCUGUGAUAUCAGGGGCAUUUUGAAAAGUAUGUAAGAGCAAUAACAAUAACUCUAGCACACCUUAGUGCAAUUAGCGCAAUAUCGACAGAGUUUUCACACAUUUGUAAUGGAGCUACUGAGGAAGGAAUGGAGGGCUAAUCAGGCAAAUGUCUGACAUUUUCACUGAGAUGUACUCACUUUAGUUGCCAGUAGUUUAGUACUAGUUGCUACACUGGUAAACCAGCUGACUGCUUUACGUUCUGUACAAAUGUCAUAUAUUCAGUGUUGUCCUAUGAACAAAUGUAAUAAAAUACUUACAUUAA